GUUUCAUCCAAUCAAAACCCGUGUUACAAAUUACACGUUCGGUAGUGACGUCAUAAGAAAUAUCUUAACAGCUGGCUGUUCGGUAUAAGAAAACAUAGCAUUUUCCGACGACCGAGAAGUGAACUUUUGCAACAGUCGCCAUCUUCUGACUCGACUCCUGAGGACACCUUCAUAAUAUUUCCUGUGAAUCACUCCGUGACGGGGAAUUUGCAACUAACUACACGAAGAUAGACAGAAUUAUGUCUAAUUUAUGUGAAAGUUAACCAACCUGGUAGACUUUCUGUUCACUUCGUCGAUAUUUUCUUAACCGACUUCAAUUUCCCAGGGGAGGUCAUUAGCACCUUUCUGACAAGGUCAAUAUAAAAAAGGAGUGUUUAUGUGCCGAAACAAGCGGUGUUUGUGAAAAGCCAGGCUGGAUCGUCGGAUAUUUUCAAAUCUGUGCCAUAAUUUGAGACAUUUCCACAAAGAAAGGACGUGAUGUAUCGUGUGAAGACUAUAUGUUGUGGCCUUGCUAGGCCUGCAACAUCUACAAAAGUUCUGCAAUAUUGUAGGCCAUGUUCACAGGCCAAACUAUCUUCAAAUUCAAAAGACAGUCAAACUAGCCGGGGUCCGACUGCUCGAAAAUAUGCGACCAAGGCUGCAGCAGAACCAUUCCUCAAUGGCACAUCCUCUGCCUAUGUUGAGGAAAUGUACAAUUCGUGGCUUAAGGAUACCAAUAGUGUCCAUAAGUCUUGGGACUCCCAUUUCAAAAUGGUCUCACAAGGUGCCCAGCCAGGAGAGGCCUAUGCCCGCCCCCCUUCCCUUGGCGGAAGCAUGAUUCCUGUUGGGGCCACAGGCAUGCAGCCAGGGGCUGUGGGGGAGAAAGAAAUCACUGAUCAUUUAUCCGUCCAGGCCCUUAUAAGGGCAUAUCAGAUUCGAGGCCACCAUUCAGCAGACUUAGAUCCCCUGGGAAUCAGCCAGGCUACAAUUAACCCAGAUGGCCUGAACACAGACCUAUCUUACUCUCAUUAUAACUUCGCUGAGGAAGAUCUUAAGCGAAAAUUUCGCCUGCCGAGAACAACCCACAUCGGGGGAGACAAAGAAAUGCUUUCCCUUGAAGAGAUUAUAAACCGACUUGAGACUGUGUACUGUCGCCAUAUUGGUCUGGAAUACAUGUUCAUCAACAACCUGGAACAGACGGACUGGAUCAAGAGCAAGUUUGAGAGACCAGGAAUCAUGGAAUUUACAAAUGAAGAAAAACGUCUCAUAAUGGCCCGUCUCAUUCGCUCAACAAGGUUUGAGGACUUCCUGGCUAAGAAGUGGUCGUCAGAAAAGAGGUUUGGGCUGGAGGGCUGUGAGGUCCUCAUCCCUGCCCUCAAAGUCAUUGUGGACUCAUGCACAGAGUGGGGCGUUGACACUUUCCACGUCGGCAUGCCCCACAGGGGACGACUGAAUGUAUUGGCAAACUUGUGUCGUAUGCCCUUGGAAAAGAUCUUCUGUCAGUUUGACUCCAAACUGGAGGCAGCUGAUGAGGGGUCUGGGGACGUCAAGUACCAUCUGGGGAUGUCCCACGAACGCCUCAACAGAGUCACAAACAAGAACAUCAAGAUCGCUGUAGUUGCCAACCCAUCCCACUUGGAGGCUGUUGACCCAGUAGUCCAGGGCAAGACUAAGGCGGAACAGUAUUACCGUGGCGAUACCGAAGGCAAAAGUGUGAUGAGCGUCUUGUUGCAUGGUGAUGCUGCAUUUGCUGGACAGGGUGUUGUUUACGAGACGUUCCACUUGAGUGACUUGCCAGCCUACACUACUCAUGGCACCAUCCAUGUGGUGGUGAACAAUCAGAUUGGUUUUACCACUGACCCACGUAUGGCGCGGUCGUCGCCCUACUGUACUGACGUUGCUCGUGUGGUGAAUGCACCGAUCUUCCAUGUCAACGCUGACUACCCGGAGGAGGUGGUGUAUGUGUGCAAGGUUGCAGCAGAGUGGAGGGCAAAGUUUGGCAAGGACGUCGUUAUAGAUCUGGUAUGCUAUCGUCGCUUUGGACACAAUGAAACAGAUGAACCCAUGUUUACUCAGCCUCUCAUGUACAAGAAAAUCAACAAACAGCCCACGGUCCUGUCCCAGUAUGCUGAAAAGCUCAUCAAGGAAAACGUUGUUAAACAAUAUGAGUAUGAGGACGAGGAAAAGAAAUAUGACGCUAUCUGUGAGACUGCAUACAUAGAGUCGAAGAAACAGACCGCUGUGAAGAACUCGGAUUGGCUCGACUCUCCCUGGGGGGACUUCUUCAGCAACCAGGACCCAAUGAAAAACCCAACAACUGGAAUCAGCGAAGACACUUUGGCACAUAUUGGAGGUUUAGUCAGCACUGCGCCUGAAAACUUUGACAUUCACGGAGGCCUGAAGCGUGUGUUACGCGGGAGAGCCGAUAUGGUCAAAAGCAGGAUGGCAGACUGGGCCUUGGGAGAGGCUUUAGCCUUUGGCUCACUGGUCAAGGAAAGUAUCCAUGUCCGGCUCAGCGGACAAGAUGUGGAGAGAGGCACAUUCAGCCACCGGCACUGUGUGCUACAUCACCAGAACAAGGACAAGGUCACAUACGAACCCCUGAACCAUCUCUACCCAAACCAGGCGGAGUUCCAAGCCCACAACAGCUCGCUAUCCGAGUUCGGUGUCCUUGGAUUUGAUCACGGUUAUUCCACAGACAAACCAAAUGCCCUGAUCAUCUGGGAGGCUCAGUUCGGAGACUUCCACAACACUGCCCAGUGUAUCAUUGACCAGUUUAUUAGUAGCGGUCAAGCCAAGUGGACACGCCAGAGUGGACUGGUCAUGCUGCUUCCUCACGGCUAUGAUGGCAUGGGUCCAGAACACUCGAGUGGCAGGCUGGAACGGUUCCUUCAGAUGUCUAGUGACGACUCGGAUCACUUCCCUGUGGAAAACGAGAACUUUGAGAUGCAGCAGUUGUACGAUAUCAACUGGUUUGUUUGUAUGCUGUCCACGCCCGCCAACAUGUUCCAUGUUCUGCGUCGACAGAUUGCUCUCCCUUUCAGGAAACCUCUGGUGAUCAUGACACCCAAGAAUCUGCUGCGUUUGCCUGAGGCGCGAUCAAGCUUCGACGACAUGUUGGAGGGUACGAGGUUCCAACGUGCCAUACCAGAGGCCGGAGCAGCAUCAGAGGAUCCAAACGGUGUUAAGAAACUGAUAUUCUGUAGUGGGAAGGUCUACUAUGAGCUGGUCAAGGAGAGAGAAAUGAAGGGCAACACUGACAAAAUCGCCAUCGCGAGGAUAGAACAGAUCUCACCAUUCCCGUAUGACCUCGUGAGAAAGGAGAUAGAGAAAUACUCGAGGGCCAAAAUCGUGUUUGUCCAGGAGGAACCGAAGAACAUGGGCGCCUGGUGCUACGUACAGCCUCGCAUGACCACCGUGCUCAAACGCAUCAACACAAACCGUGAAAUCAAAUAUGUUGGACGGGAUCCGUCGGCUGCCACAGCUGCAGGCAACAAGCAACUUCACAUGCAGGAGCUCUCCAAGUUCCUCAAUGAUGCAACGCACCUUUAAGCAUGUGACCUGGCCACCAAAGGAACACAAUUUUAAACCAGACUUUAUUUAAAAAAAAGAGAUAGAAAGGAAGUCAACAUUUUAAUAUAAUAUCAGGAGAAAUGAGUUGCAGAAAGUUUUCGUAUUAUUAAUGCUACGACAGAUUUCUCUCGAAAAUGUCAAGCGACGUUGUUUGCGGUUGGUUACUGAUAGUAUCGUCAGUGAUGUCAUUGAUACUGUAGUCAUCAUGGCGGUCAUUUUUUUAAUCUGUUGUGGUAACACUGGAAUGCUCGAUCUGACUUUUGGUGCAUAAAUAUCUCGGCCAGACACAAGUAUACAAUGUUUUUCACUUUUUAUGAAUCAAUGCAGUCAUUCGCCAGCACAUUGUCUCAUUUCACAGCACAGCAAAUAUGCAUCACUAUGGAAACCGGAAGGUGUACUCUUUGGAAUCAUUCCUGGUUUCCGUAUCUAUUUAAUUUCAAUAGACCUGAGAUAUUUUGUUAUUGAGAUUAAAACUGGGAAAAAUCUUCGACAUUUGACAACAGUUUACACACCAUUAUUGAAAUGAUAAUAAUUUAAAGGGAGACAAUCUAUAGUAAACACCCCACAAAAAUUCUCAAAAAUCUCUUUCCUUUCCUCUCUCUUUCUCUCUCUAUAUCAAACCAUUAGAAUUAACCUGUAUUUCUUAAUGUGAUCCGUGUAGUGGUUGGUAAUCAGACGAAGGUACACCAGAAAUGUGAUCCGUGUACUGGUUGGUAAUCAGACGAAGGUACACCAGAAAUGCAAUACUCUUUAACUACAAGAACUAAAAUGGCUGAAAUUUUAUCUACUGUUUCAUAAUUUAACAAACAUCUAGUUUAGAUUUUAACAAGCUAAAUGAUUUAAAAAAGAAUAAUCACAUGGUUUCUGGCUGCACCUAUUGCCCUCAAUCUGGCUUGUGGUUUAAGCUAGGGAAUGUUAUGAUGUGGAAUACCUGGAAUAUUUUUAUAGGCAUGUACAUAUAUAUUAUCUGGGUAAUAACUAGUUUUAAGCUACAGGCAUCUGUUGUAAAUUGAUUUUAAGAGAGGGCUCAGUUGCUCAAAGUGUGAUUAGCUUAAUUAAAUCUUAAAUUACUGUCGUAAGAUAUGUUAACCUAAUUGACGGAAGAUAUGAAGUUACUAUAACUUCUAUGUUUUUCCAAAAUUUCGUAAGAAUUUUCAUUUAAUUUGAUGUAUAGUUGAGCUACUGCAGUUUUGAGCUACUGAGAUCUGACAAUUGUUAAUUAAACCCUGUCUGUUUUCUGUUUUGUCCACUAGGUAAUCUGAGAUUUUUUGACAUUUUUGCUAUGAUCUUAACCAAGAAAAUUGUAAAUUUGCUUAACUUAUCAAAUGGCCACAAAAAGGUACUGGCAAAAACGUUUUACUGUUUUUGCUUCAAGUAUCAUUUGUCUCUGUACAAGAGAAUAUGUUUGAUAUUAGAUUACCUCCCCUUAUUUAAAUAAAUAACUUUGAGUCUUGAACCAUAAUCACAGAUGAUUUUAAAAAGUAAAAUUUUACUAAACCUCAAGCAUUAGACAAGAGCAUGUAAAAUUUUACACUUAACUCUUUAAAAAGUAAUACAUACAUUAAUAAUGAUUGAUCGUAGGGAUGUCCUGUGUCAAACAGAGCUCGAAAUAUGUUGACCUGAAGUUAUCUUCCCUUCCGGUAGCUCUUGAUUGGCCUUAUAUAGUCUCUUGAAAGGACUGAUAAUAAUAGCAUUUUUGUAUAUAUAUAUACCUGGUAUGGCAUAUGUGGGUCUAGGAAACCAGAUCUGCAAUAAUUGUAAAAAUAUCAUCAUUUUUAUUUAUGUACAAUGGGAUUUAGUUAGUUUGCACACCUAGGUUUCCAAAGCUGCAAUUCUGUGCUUAUUGUACUGGAACUGAAAUGGUUAAGAGAACGGAGAUGAGAUAGCAGUAUCCAGAAUUAGAAACCUAAGCUGGUUUGUUGUUUUAGAGUACCAUUCCUGAUUAUAUAGUAAUAUAAUGUAGAAUUAAAUUUAAAAACAAUUUCCAAAAUCCAUAUGAACCCUUUCACCCCUAUGCAACUUUAGUAGACUCUCCCAUGCAUUGAUCUGGGCGAGUCCAUUAUGGUCUACAGUGGUGAAAGGGUCUAAAAAAUCGAGAAGAAUGAUUUUGAAUAUAAUGGCUUUAAAACUGGUCACAGGUAAUGCAGACCUUUCCUGACAAUCAGAAAACCAAAUAUUCAAUGUCUAUUGUACAUAAGGUUCAAGUCAAAGUGGUUUUAGUAGAAAUGGGAUAGAUACAUACCGAUACAAUGGACUGUUUUGGUCUGCUAUUGUCAAACCAAAUGUGUUAUACCCGGUAAUAUAAUAUAGUAUUAGGUGACAGGAAAUCCGUAGAUAUACAUGAAGGUCUUUACUUUUUUAUACCUUUGGAAAUUUAAGUGAAUUUCUAUUGAGCAGUGCCUUUGUAUUAUAUAAAGGUAGAUAGACUUUAUUCCAAUUUUUUUGGUUGGUUCUGUUGGAUCUGGUAUUAAGAUGGGAUUCGGUUUUACCAGAACUGGAUGCUCUGUUCAGAUCGUUUCAACCAGACGUUUGGCAAGCUGUCUGAAAUGUUAUACAGAUAUUUUUACUUUAAUCAACUUUUCAGUUAUCUUGUUGGUUUUACUUUUAAAUCUUGUUAGCACAUUCUUUUUCUGCAUUUGUUUUUUAGUUGUGGAAAAUUUUAUUGAUUUUGUUAUCACUAUGAAUAUUCCAUUGAUUACGAUAGUUUAUUUUCUUUCUUUGAAAUAUAAUCUCAUUGUUUUUUAUGAUGGGUUUCAUGUCAUUUUUGAAGUGUACAUUUAAUUUAACAUGGUUUCUUGCAGAUUUUUCAAAACAAAACAAACCCUCCAAUGAAUGAUUUCAUGAGUAGGAUUGGUGUAUAUUGUAAAAUGAAGCAAUAUUGGUGAAACAAUAAUAUCUAAUAUUUUUGCCUACUCAAAUAUUUCUAUCCGACAACCCAUAUUUACACUGUUUGACGACGAAAUGAUAUUAGUGUGCAUUUGAAAAAGUCAGUAUUAGAGACCGUUCAAACAUUGAUUAAUUGACAAUGGUGUUGAAAAAUUAAGUUUGAUUUUAAUUUUUGUUUCACUGGGGGGAAAAAAUGAAAAUUUACAGCAUAAAAUAUAAAAUUGAAUUCUGAUAUCCUUUAAAACCUUGAGGAAAAUCUGCAGAAAACCAUUUAUAAUUUCUCCAUUUAAAAGAAAUGUUAUUGUUUGGGUUUUUUUUAUGAUGGAAUUAAUUAAAUGUUUAGGGUAUAUUUAUUAAUGCAAGUAUAUUACAAAAUUGCGGGCUGUUAUUCUAUAUAUUUUUGAAAGCAAAAUGUGAAAAUAAUUGACUUUUUUGUUUUUGUGGAAAAAACUGCACACUUCAAAUAUUAAAUACCAAUUUUGACGCUGCCAUAUUGAAUUCCCAGAUCCAGAAAGCUGAAACUGUUAUCAAGGGCCUUGAACAUUUCAAAUGAUGGUGUAAACAAUUGUGUAUAUAUCAAUUUAUUGCGGAAAGUCUUGAAUUGAUGCAUACUCUUUACUGCAAAAUGUGAAUCACCUAUUUGUAUUUUUCUGCUGGAAUUUAAAUUCAUAAAUCACCAUAUAACUACAUACAAUUUGUUUUCAUUGGUGUGAAGAAAGUUAGUAAUGGUUUGUAUUGCAAGGCAUAUUCUACAAAGUAUUAUUAUAAACAUGUUUUCCCUGCGGCCGAGUAGAGAAAAUAGCCCUUGCUUCUGUAUAAGAAUCACCAAAUAAAUUGUGUGCUUACCUCUGAUCAAGUGACAGCUACAAUUUCUGUUUUUUUUGUUUUUUCCCUAUUUAUAUAAUAAAACUGUAAGGAAUUCUUCAAUGACAGAAUUAACAUCAGAGUAUAUCUGAA